UAACUUGUUUUAUUUUACAGAUCCACAGUGGGCGCACUUCUGGCAGAUAAGCUAGGCUGGAAAUUCUAUGAAGGUGAUGACUAUCAUCCAGAGGAGAACAGAAAGAAAAUGGCUGAAGGAAUACCUCUAACUGACCAGGAUAGGAUACCAUGGCUUUGCCACCUACAUGAUAUAUUAAUGAGAGAACAUGCAUCUGGACAAAGUGUCAUUUUAGCUUGCUCAGCUCUCAAAAAAUUGUAUCGGUGCAUUUUGGAGAACGGAGAGGCUGGUUGUCAAAGUUUGAACAAUCAACCAGAAGAAAACGAGUCUGCUCCAAGAAAGAUCCUUUUUGUCCACCUGGCAGGGCCAAUAGAGCUCAUUGCCAGCCGUCUAGAAAAAAGAAGGGGACAUUUCAUGCCGCCAAGUCUACUCCAAUCUCAGUUUGAUACUCUUGAACCUCCAUGUGCGCCAGAAAAUUUUAUCACUGUUAAUUUGGAAAAGCCUGUUUCAGAAACAGUAUCAGAAAUUGAAAGACAUCUUAAAAGCUUGUUCUGAUGUUUCUCCAGGUUUUCUUGUUUUGAACCCCCAUAGCCACAAAUAAUGUUACUCUCACAUAAUUUAUUCUCCUGAUUAAGCAACAUAUUUAUGUUGUAUUUACCAUAUUUGUAGCAUGAAUAGAAAAUUUAAGCUUGCCUAGUUUUUGAUUUAUUCAUUACCUUAUAUCUAAUUUAAGAAUUUUUAAACCAUAAUAUUGACAUUUUAAAAAUUGCAGUGGAAAGUUUAAGUUAAAAUGAAUUCUUGGUGAGAAAUCAUAUACUUCAGUUAUACUUGCAGAGUGAGAGAGAACACUACUGCUGCUGCAUUUGGCAAAGUGGAGUAUCAGAAAUCAGCAAUAUCCUUGAAUCAGCUGGAAAUGACAACCAUUGUAAUUUAAUAGUAGUAAAAUGUUGUUUAAAAAAGGCAAAUCGGAAUAUUGAAAGUAGCAGGACUGUUUAUUCUAAG